AUGUGGAAACAGAUUCUGAGUAAGCUUCCCAAAAAGUCUUCAAAGAACGAACAUCGUGGACGUGAACACGGUGGCCAUUCUUCUUCCUCUCAUGCUUCAGGUGCCUCUACUUCCAAAAGCAGUGAUAAUGUCGCCGGAAAAUCAGGAAACUCGCAGACGAAGAACGCUCCAGCAGGCGGCAAAUCCGCCGCUUCCGACUCUGGUUUCAAAGAUGGGAAUCUAAAGAGCAGUGGUAACAACAACAUCAACAGCAACAACAACAAUGGAGUGUUCACUCCUUACGAGGCCUUGCCUGGUUUCAAAGAUGUUCCAAACACGGAGAAGCAAAACCUGUUCAUAAAAAAGCUCAACUUGUGCCGCGUAGUGUUUGAUUUCACGGAUCCUACAAAGAACGUCAAGGAAAAAGAGAUCAAGAGGCAGACGUUGCUGGAGCUUGUGGACUACGUGAACUCUGCGAAUGGAAAGUUCAGCGAAGGAGGGAUUCAAGAAGUCGUUCGUAUGGUCUCUGCUAACAUAUUCAGAACGCUGAAUCCUCAGCCACGUGAAAACAAAGUCAUUGACGCCUUAGACCUCGAGGAGGAAGAGCCUUCCAUGGACCUUGCGUGGCCUCACUUGCAGCUUGUCUAUGAGCUUUUCUUGAGGUUCGUUGCUUCGCCUGAGACUGACACCAAGCUGGCUAAGAGAUACAUAGACCAGUCUUUCGUCCUGAGGUUACUGGAUUUAUUUGAUUCCGAGGAUCCUAGGGAGAGAGACUGUCUGAAAACCAUUCUCCAUCGUAUCUACGGUAAAUUCAUGGUUCACCGUCCUUUCAUAAGGAAAUCCAUAAACAACAUCUUCUAUCGGUUUGUCUUCGAGACGGAGAAACAUAACGGGAUCGCUGAGUUUCUUGAGAUCUUGGGAAGCAUCAUCAACGGGUUUGCUCUUCCAUUGAAAGAAGAGCACAAAGUGUUUCUCGUCCGGGUUUUGAUACCUCUCCACAAACCCAAAUGCCUGCAAAUGUAUCAUCAACAGUUGUCUUACUGUAUCACACAGUUUGUGGAAAAAGAUUGCAAACUUGCUGAUACGGUUAUAAGAGGGCUGUUGAAGUAUUGGCCCGUGACGAAUAGCUCCAAAGAAGUCAUGUUUCUUAAUGAGUUGGAGGAAGUACUCGAAGCAACUCAGCCGCCGGAGUUUCAACGGUGCAUGGUACCACUGUUUCGCCAAAUAGCUCGAUGUUUGAACAGUCUGCAUUUUCAGGUUGCAGAGAGAGCUUUAUUCUUAUGGAACAACAAUCACAUAGAGAAUCUGAUAAUGCAGAGCCGCAAAGUCAUUCUUCCAAUUAUAUUCCCAGCGUUGGAGAGAAACGCGCAGAAUCAUUGGAACCAAGCUGUUCAUAGCUUGACACUAAACGUGCGGAAGAUAUUUCACGACCUUGAUCCUGAGCUGUUCAAAGAAUGUCUUGCCAAGUUCAAGGAAGAUGAAUCAAAGCAAGCUGAAACCGAAGCAAAACGUCAAGCCACUUGGAAACGUUUGGAGGAACUCGGGACGCGAAAGGCCUCAUGA